AAUCAUUAAAAAUUUAAAUAAUGUUGAAUUAUUAAUGUAUAUUAUACAUAUAAUUUGUAUUAUAAACCUUCUAUAAAUUGUGUAUCAUUAUUUUAACUUUUUCUCAAUAUUUCUCAUACGAAUGUAGAUUCCACAAGUUAUGACCAUUUUUUUAUAUAAUUAUGUGCUUUUUACAAUAAUCUUAUCUGUAAACUCGAUUAGUUUAUCUUAUAUUAAUACACAUAACACUUUUUCCACACCCAGUAAAAGAAAUGGCUUGAAUGUGGUAAGUAGAACGGGUGUAUGUGUACCCGAGGAUGUUGGCUUAUUCGGCCGCACGAUUAUAUCGUAUGAAUGCUUUUAUACCAAGGACGGACGGACUCAGACUGGCGAUGAGUGGGAGGCUGAGAUGCGGGAAGAGACAAAGAGGAACUUUCCAGGCGUUGACAAGAGGAAAGUAAAAUAUAAAAAGGCGGAUUUGUCCAGUACUGAGCCGGAUGAUGGCUUCGAAAGGUUUGAACUUCCUGCCCCUUUCAAUCCUACUAAAAUGCUCCUGAGGGAAGGUAUUCCCCAUUUAACUAUAAGUGUUUGGGCUCCAGGACUCAAUAUAACCGAUUUCACAGUAUUUCUAAAUUAUUCCAAAAACGACUACCCCCACUCUUAUACUGGCGAUUGUACUAUAUUACCCACUAAUACCGGUGAAUCAAGUGAGUUAGACGAGUAUUACACUACUUUUGAGAAUGCGGAAUGGGAGAAACCUCACAAAUUUUCAUAUCACAGCACUUAUAAUGAUUUAUUUAAUCGCAUGGAAAAGCCAGAUUAUGGCUACGCCGACGUGAGUGACGAUUUCGUAAAGCCGCCCCUGAUUUUAAUAAAUUUCCCCAAAAACACCAUAGUGAAUCAAUGGGAGAGGGCAACAUUCGGUUCUAAAGGAGACCCUAAGAAAAGGAAAAAGCUUUCCAGAAUACAAAGAGCCUACAGACCUUUUUCACACAUUGAUCUCAGAAAUGUUAAAUGUGUAUAUAAAGACUCUACUCUGCAAAUUGCCAUGAAACUUACUCAUGUUACUCCUCCUCCUACCCAUCAGAAGAAUUACAAAUUAAACAUAUCCAGUGAGGGAGAAAUUAGGCCUCCUAAGAGUUUACCACUGGAGACUGUUCAUGGCUGGAUGUAUAACUGGCACUAUUUCAGCAAGUAUGACUUGAAUUUCGACCUUUCUAAAUUUGAGCCACCUGAGUUUACAGAAGCCGAUAAGCCAAAUUUCAUAGAUGACAUGACACCCCGCCAACUUGCGAGGUUCAUGAAGGAGUGUGAUGAACUGGCCAAGAAAGAUUAAUAUACUACACUACAGUAUAUUACAGAAUAUUACUUAGAACCACUUUAUGAAUCAGAACAAACAUUAGGUUCUAUCAUAACAUUCAUAUUUUAUUAAUUUUAUUAUACUAUAAACGCUUAACGGUUUGUAUAUUUAAAAUGCCGAGACCGAUUUCGAUUGCCCUUGAAGUUAUUUUAACCAACUUUAAAGAAAGUGAAUUCACCUUAUCAUCAGCAAUUACAGGUGUUUUUUCGUAAAACUGGUUAAACUCUCUUGAUAAAUUUGUUAGAUAUUUACACACUCUGUGAGGCUCCCUCAAUGAUAUGGAAGUGGCUAUGAUAUUUUCAAAUCCCAACAGUACCAAUCCCAGCUUACGUUCAUACUCAUUUCGGAACUCUAAACAUAUAUAUUAUGCUAUUAUUUGUGUUACCGUUAGAGGGAAUUUGAGGUAAUGAUUCACAACGCUUAAGGAUCGAUUGACACCGCACGUAUGAAUAAAGAAUUGAGAUUAGUAAGUUGUAUCCUUGAUUCAUUAAACGUUCUAUGGAAAAGUUGUAACCUGAUUUCGGUUCCACACUUAAGUCGCUAAAUAAUAUCGAUCCGACUCC